UGAUUGUACUUUUAUACGUAUUAAGGUAAAUGUAAUUAAAAAAAAUUAGGCGUUCAUCACGGAUUGAUGAGUGUGAGCGGUUGACUGACGACCGCACUGCUGGUUUUCGCUUAAAAAGAUCAAUGUUUUAGUGUAAUUGUGAAAGCCACCUGUCAUCCAAAAGCAAACUCACCUGUGACCCUAAAGAGGAUAAACUACAUGAAUUGAUCCAAAGCAUAUCACAUCAUGUCAAUGCAAUUCAACUGAAAUCCUACCCUGGUGAGAAAACUAUCACGCCGUCCGCUUGCCCUGAUCACCUUCCUGCUUCUUCUUUUUUUCCAUCAUAGGAAAAGCGAGAUGAGCCUUUUGUGAAUGGGGGGGAAAGUGUGUGAGGGGAACGCCCGAGUGGCCCGCGGGCGGCUUGUUGCUGUUGUGCAGGGACUUGCUAGAUUACAAGACCCAGGGUGGGGUUGUCGAGCCCCGGGGGGGGUGGACAGUCUGAAAGCAAAUCUUCCAGGUGUCAGCAAGUGUCUAACUGCGGAUAAUAUUAUCUCCCUUCUGAGAUUGGAGAGGCGUCAUCGACAUAUUUGAUGAGCCUCCCGUUUCCAACCAACCGGUUUGGCCACGAUGCUGCCAGACCAGUCGAACUGCACACACUCAACGCUGCGCAGUCACAAUAACACCAAUCUGCGUGAUGCGAAACACAGGAGGAGGCAAGGGAAUUCUUGAGCGUCUUGGGAGCCGACGUCAUGCCCGUGCCUGCUUGCAGUCGCCAUGUUUCAACUGUCAUAAUGUCUCGUGGAAACGACUAAAAAUAAGCGUCUGGUGGUGGUGGUCCCCAACGAGAGCUCCUUCCCAGCCGUACGGCGGGCCUACACCAGCGAGGAUGAGGCUUGGCGCUCCUACCUGGAGAACCCGCUGACAGCCGCCACCAAGGCCAUGAUGAGCAUCAACGGUGACGAGGACAGCGCCAACGCCCUGGGACUCCUCUACGACUACUACAAGGUUCCUAAAGAAAAGAGACUCCUGACCGCUCCCAAAGUUGCGGAAAUAACAGAAGAGCAGGAGAAAAGGUCGCCUAGUAACCCCAACGGCGUCGAAGCCGAGACGUUGGACAACCGUGUCCAGGUUCUUAAGUCGGUCCCCGUCAACCUGUCGCUCAACACGGAAGACCCCGGUGGCCCCGGAGCUGGCGGGGCGCCCUCCGUGGCCCUGGUGAAGGCCGAGUCCUACGCGCCUGUCUUCAUGACGACGGGCGCCGGGCUCCACUAUCGCGUGGACGGCGAGGAGGCAUCUCGGGUGGUCUACGAGCAGAGCCCCUACGAGGUGACCACAGUCAGCCACAAUUCCUACGUGAAGGAGGACCAGCACAGCCCGCCGGACAGCCCCUUUGACGAGGAAGGGGACACGAAGUACCACACGCCUUCCUCGCUGGCGUCAGAUGACUUUUUGUUCCACCAGGUCGGAACCGAGAGCUUCCAGUACACCCUGGAUGCCACUCGCUCGCUCCGUCAGAAACAGGGCGAGGGCCCCAUGACUUACCUAAACAAGGGCCAGUUCUACGCCGUCACCCUCAACGAGCUCAGCGCUAACAAACGCCUACGACACCCCAUCAGUAAAGUGCGGAGUGUGAUCAUGGUGGUGUUUAGCGAGGACAAAAACAGAGACGAGCAGCUGAAAUACUGGAAGUACUGGCACUCCCGGCAGCACACGGCCAAGCAGAGAGUCCUGGACAUCGCUGACUACAAGGAAAGCUUCAACACCAUCGGCAACAUCGAAGAAAUCGCCUACAAUGCCAUCUCCUUCACGUGGGACGUCAACGAAGAGGCCAAGAUCUUCAUCACGGUCAACUGCCUGAGUACGGACUUUUCGUCGCAGAAGGGCGUCAAGGGUUUGCCUCUGAUGAUCCAGAUGGACACUUACAGCUACAAUAAUCGCAGCAACAAACCUCUGCACAGGGCCUACUCGCAGAUCAAGGUCUUCUGUGACAAGGGAGCAGAACGUAAGAUAAGAGAUGAAGAGAGAAAGCUGUUCCGCAAGAAGUCCAAAGGUAAAGAUGGAGGCGCCAGUGUUAUAACGGUACCCAAGAAAUCGGAUACCACAUAUUUCAAGACCAUGACCGACCUGGAAGCACAACCUGUCCUCUUCAUCCCCGACGUCCAUUUUGGAAACCUGCAGAGGGCCGGACAGGUGUUCACCUUCAACACAGAGGAAAUGGAGCGAGAAGGGAGCGUGCUGGUCAAGAGGAUGUUCCGGCCGUCCGAGGACGACUUGUGUCCGUCGCCGCAGAAACAGAUCAAGGAGGAGGUGAACAAGAGAGUUCUGCUGUAUGUCCGGAAGGAGACAGAUGAGGUGUUCGACGCGCUCAUGCUAAAGUCGCCGACGCUGCGAGGCCUCGUGGACGCGAUAUCUGAGAAAUACAACUUGACCACGGAGAAGAUCACCAAGGUCUACAAGAAAAGCAAAAAAGGCAUCCUGGUGAACAUGGACGACAACAUCAUCGAGCACUAUUCCAACGAAGACACGUUCAUCCUGCACAUGGAAACCUUCGCUGACACCUACAAGGUCACGCUGACUGAAAUAUGAGCACACCCAAAAAGAUUUUUAAGACUGUGGGCUACUCUUGCACGGAGUAAUCGUCGCUGGUCCUUAAAGGCAGAAAUAAUGGAGUCCAUAUUGAUGGAUCCACUGUACAAAGUGUCUUGUCAUUGUGUACAUAGACUUGAUUUGUAUUGACGAAUCCCCCACCCAUUGUGUAAACAUCUAGUCUUUAUUAGUUCUUUGCAGCUUCUAUGCAUGCCAACCUUGAUUUGUUUUUAUUGUUGUUGUUUUUUGGUAGUUGUUAUUUAUUUUUCUUAUGUAUCUGUGUAUCCAUCAAUUUCAAGUACUUCACAUUUCAGCAAUUUUGCAACAAGUCGCCCUUUGACAAGAGCCGUCACGUGACUUUUAUAAAUAUGAAAAUGUUAUUAUUCACGUUAACAUUGUUAAAAAAAAGUGAAUAAAUACACGUGCCAUGGAAAUAUA